AUGCAGUUAGACACUGGAUGUGCUCUAUCUCUGGCACCAAUAAAUUUCUUCAAAGAGAUUUGUCCUGAUGUUGAAAUGAAGCCAACCAAUGUGGUGCUGUCUACCUAUACAGGUAAAACUUUACGUCCUUUAGGGGAGGCCUUUGUGGAUGUAGAGAAUUUAGGAUUACAACACUCCCUGCCAUUGCUAGUGGUACAAGCGGUAUCUUUACUUUGUUUGGACAGAACUGGCUCAUGGACAUAAAAAUUGAUUGGAAAACUUGCCAGGGUUGAAUCAUACUGGCACCAUACUUUCUACAACACCCUUUGCUUCUGCACCUCAAGGA